AUGACUGAGCCAGCAUUCAGCAACCAGGAAGCGUGUUGUCCAGCGACAAUUGUGGCUUUUGGGAAUAACGUUCCGGAUAUGACCAAGAGUGCUGCCUAUGAUACUGCUCGCCGAGAAUUCUAUCGACUUCGGUUGCAGGAGGACAUUCAACGUCGGGUGGCUGCAGAAGAAGCCGCGGCAUAUGGCGCAGAGUUUGACCAUCAUACAUGGAAAUCAUACGAAGAUGGAAGGGGGGGAGGAAGAGCAGUACGACAACCGGGUUGCCUGGGCCCGGGAAACAUCUCUGGUCCAGAUCAGCGGAAAUCAGCUCUAAGCGGUGCACCAGAUCUAGGAGAGACUACUGAAUCAAGUGAGAUUGGGGCCGAGGAAACAGAGGUGCGGUCACCCUGUGAGACCUGUCACUCAGUGAGAGCUUGA